AUGCCUUCAGCCAAAGUUUCUGAGCCUUCCAAUGGCGCCCUUAGCACCAACGGCAGCGGAAAAGCCCAUGUAAGACCCACUGCCAAUAGCGACAUGUCGACAUCCCGUCGUCUUGUUCCUUUGAUUCAUGAAGGGACUGUUACCUAUCUCAACGCCUCAUUCGCUCCCCCUUCCAACAUGAUCGUUCACGAAGCCAUCACCAAGUACGCCUCUGAGGCGUUGUAUAACCCUUUGCCGAAGCCGACCUGGCAGGCCACCAUGCAAGACGCCCGUCGGCUGCUCGCACGCUACAUCAACACCGACUCGUCAAACAUCGCCUUUACACGCGACACGACAGAAGCCCUUGGCUCUAUAAUUCAUGGCCUGCACUUCAAGCCCGGUGACAAUGUGGUUCUGCUUGAUACAGAACAUCCUAACCAUGCGUAUCAGUGGAUGUCCCUCCGGCCAUUGGGCCUACAAGUUCGGCAGGUUCCUACGAUCGAAGCUGACAAGAAGAAUGGAAAGCUCAGCGUGGCGAAUGCUGAGACCUUUGCCCCUUAUGUGGAUGACCGAACAAUUGCGAUUGGGCUUAGUUCCGUCAUGUUUCACAGCGGCCAGUGGAACGAUGUGGCACAUGUUUGCUCUACCUUCCGCCCGAGAGGAAUUCAUGUCAUUGCGGAUAUAACACAACAGGUUGGGUUUGCGACCGUAGACGUGCAAGCACUCGGCGUUUCGGCGGCAGCAUUCUCGUUGCACAAGGGUCUUCACUGCCCAACGGGUCUUGCAGCUCUAUAUGUCGACCCGGACUUCAUCAAGACUGUUGAUCCCACUCCACCUAUUGUGGGAUAUGGUGCUGUGAGCAAUGUUAGAGCUGAUCUUCUUGUUCCUGAUGACCCUAUUGUAUACCAUCCAUCUGCUCAGAGAUAUAAUCACCUGAACCUGAGUCUUUUCUCGGCUGCUGUCGCCAAGGCAUAUCUCAGCUUCUACCUCGAUGUUCUUGGCCCCGAGGAGGUGGAAAGUCACCUUUAUAGCUUGGGUGAUUUAUUGAGGAAAGAAUGUAGGAGUUUGGCCGUCAACAUAGUCGGUUCUGGCAGCCGCGAAGAGCAUGCGCCGCAUCUUUACGUCCUGGAUCUGCAUGACGAAAGAUGGAUGCCCCAUUUGCAAAGCAAUGGAAUUAUCGUGACGCCGUAUCGACUUGGAAUCAGAGUAUCACUCGGCUUCUACAAUAACACAGAGGACAUCAAGAAUCUUGUUUCGGUUCUGAGAAGUGGUAUUGAAAUGGGAAUCUCUGUACCUUAG